GUUCAGCUAAACAACUGGUUAAUCAUACAUUUUGAGAUCAGUAUUUGGUCAGCAAAAGCUUGACUUUAAAACAGACAUGGUGUUUUUGCAUAACCGCUGACCAUGAGAACUGUUGUCAUGGCCUUGACUAUAGCCCUUGUGGCAAGUCAGCAUGUGAAUCUUGUCCCUGAGUUGGCAGGCACGCAGACUUAUGUGUACAAAUAUGAGGCUUUGCUCUUCAGUGGUCUUCACCAGGAAGGUCUGGCAAGAGCUGGCAUUAAAAUCGACAGCAAGGUUUCCAUCAGGGCUGUAACUGAGAAUACGUUCCUGCUUAAGCUCUUGAAUCCUCAGCUGUUCGAGUACAGUGGAAUCUGGCCCACAGAUGCGUUUGUUGCUACUAAGCUCAGCUCAGAAGUGGCUGCUCAGCUUCAGAUUCCUAUUAAGUUUGAGUACACCAAUGGUGUGGUUGGAAAGGUUUUCGCACCUUCUGUGGUCCCAACUACCAUUAUCAACCUGCACAGGGGAAUUCUGAACAUCUUUCAGCUCAACCUCAAGAAGACCCAGAACAUCUAUGAGGUUCAAGAGGAUGGAGUUCAAGGCAUUUGCGAGACCCAAUAUCUUAUCAGUGAAGAUGAAGGAAGCAACCACACCACCAUCACCAAGUCGAGGGAUCUUACACUUUGCAAUGAGAGGAUAAUUAAGGAUGUUGGCUUGACUUACACUGAAAAGUGCACUGAAUGUCAAAAGAGAGUAAAAAGUCUCUCUGGAGCUGCAACCUACAGCUACAUCAUGAAGCCGACUCCAACUGGUGUUAUGAUUACUGAAGCAACAGUCCAAGAGAUUCACCAAUUUACAACUCUAUAUGAGAAUCAUGAUGCUACCCAGAUGGAAACUAGACAAACCUUGGCCUUUCUGGAGAUUAUGGCAUCUCCCAUAAUUCCAAUCAGUGCUGAAUAUUUAGCCCGUGGAGCUUUACAGUAUGAAUUUAGCAUUGAGACACUUUGGAGUCCAAUUCAGCUCAUGAGAAUCAGUAAUCCACAGGCUCAAGUAGUAGAUGCUCUGAAUCAUCUGGCUACCAAAAAACUGGAAGAGGUCCAUGAAGAUGUUCCACUGAAAUUUAUUCAGCUCAUCCAGCUUAUGCGUUUUGCAAGUCUGGAUGCUAUUGAGGGAAUCUGGUCUCAAUUUAAAACCAGACCAAAUUUCAGGAAAUGGAUCUUAGAUGCUGUUCCUGCAGUUGGCACCUUAGCUGCUCUAAAAUUUGUCAAGAAGACAUUCUUGGCAGGCGAACUUUCCUUCCCUGAGUUCACUGAGGUUCUUCUGGCCACUGUGCAUAUGGUCACUGCUAAUUUGGACACCAUUAAGAUGUACUCUGGCCUGGCUUUAAGUCACAAAGUUCAAGAAACACCUGUUCUACGUAAGGUUGCCAUGCUUGGCUAUGGGACAAUGAUUGCCAGGUACUGCAGUGGAUCUCUUGAAUGCCCAGUGGAGCUUUUGAAGCCCUUCCAUGAGAUUGUUAUUGAGGCAACUGCUAAGGCUGACACUUCAGAGAUGACAUUGAUUCUGAAAGUACUGGGCAACGCUGGUCACCCUGCUAGCAUUAAAUACAUCACAAAGUUUCUACCAGUAUUUGGGAACCAAAUACUUUUGUUUCCUAUGAGAGUUCAAGUAGGUGCAGUUUUGGCCCUGAAGGUCAUUGCCAAAAAGGAACCCAAACUGGUCCAGAAUGUAGUUCUGCAGAUUUUUGUAAACAAAGAUCUCCACCCAGAGCUGCGCAUGGUCUCGUGGAUUGUGCUUUUUGAGACAAAGCCAAACAUGGGUCUGGUUAUUACUCUUGCACGUGCUCUACAAAAAGAACCAAAUCUACAGGUGGCCAGUCUUGUGUACUCGCACAUGAAAGCCUUGACAAGGAGCACACACCCCGAGUUUUCUCUAAUUGCUGCAGCCAGCAGAGUUGCCAUCAAGAUAUUAAGCCCAAAACUGGACAAACUUAGCUUUCGUUAUAGCAAAGCAUUUCUCUUGGAUGGUUAUGAAGUUCCUCUCAUGGUAGGUGCUGCCGGUAGUGCUUUCUUCAUCAAUGAUGCCGCCACCAUCCUGCCCAGAGCUGUUGUAACUAAAGCACGUGCUUACCUGGCUGGAGCUGCUGCUGACAUUCUUGAGGUUGGUGUUAGAACUGACGGAAUUCAGGAGGCUCUUCUGAAAUCGCCAUUCGUGCAUGAGGACAGGCUGCCCAGGAUGAAACAAGUUCUUAAGGCUUUAAAAACAUUCAAAGCCCUACCUAAUAAGCAGCCCCUGGGCUCGAUCUAUGUGAAAGUUCUUGGACAAGAGAUUGCUUUUGCAAAUGUCGACAAAGCUGUUCUUGAACAGGCAAUGCAGCUUACUACUGGAGGCAGUAUACCUGAGCUGGCAGGGGAAGCUCUUAAAGCAAUGCAGAAUGGCACUGCCUUCCAGUAUGCCAAGCCCCUACUGGUGGCUGAGGUGCGUCACAUCUUCCCAUCAGUAGCUGGUGUACCCAUGGAGUUCAGUUUGUAUGCUGCUGCAGUGGCUGCUGGUAAUUUGAAGGUCCAGGCUAUUAUUACACCACCUCUAACUGAAACCAUCAGUGUUUCUCAUCUGAUGAAGACAGAUGUGAAGUUAACCGCUGAAGUUUCACCAAGCAUCACCUUACAAACUUUUGCUGUAAUGGGACUGAAUACUGGUUUUAUUCAAGCUGCAUCCAUGGCGAAGGGAAAGAUCCAUACAUUUUUGCCUCUAAAAGUGGAGGCGAAGUUUGACAUCACAAAGGCUAAUUUCAAGAUAAAGGCUUUUCCUAUUGUACUACCAGUGCAUGCUUUGACAGCACGUUUUGAAACUUUGGCAGCAGCUGGAAACAUUAAGGCGGUCAAUGCAGAGAGAAUUACACCCAUUGUACCAGAGACGGUAGUUCUGAAACAUUCCCAAGAAGCAUAUACCUCAAUGAUUACACCUGGAGAUUUGUCAUCAGAAACCAUUAAAACUGUUAUGUCACCGGCUGAGGAACCUGAACUGAGGACUAGUGUUCCAGUUCACAAAACACUUUGUUCUGUUGUACCUCACAUUGGAGUUGAUGUAUGCAUGGAGGUUAUGUCCUGUGAUGCCACCUUCAUCAAAAACACCACCAUUUAUAACAUGAUUGGGCAGCAUGGAGUACAUAUUAACAUAGUUAGAGCUGAUGGUCCUGCUGUUGAGGGACUAGAGCUAGAGGUCCAACUAGGCCCAAGAGCUGCUAAAAAGCUCCUUAAAGAAAUCAGCUUUGCUGACACGAAGACUCCCAAGGUCAAGGCCGUCCUGCAGAAACUGAGGAAAGUCCUAGAGGGUGAAAAGAUGAACAAGAACUCCAGUUUUUUCAGCCAUAAUAAAUUAUUUUACUCUCAAAGCACCAGUAGCCACAGCUUUAGUUCCAGCAGUUCUGUUCGAUCUUCCAAGUCGCAUCUGUCCAAAGACCUCUCCAGUGGACAAAGCAGUCAAAGUUUCAAGCCCAUUCAGUCUCGAUUCCUUGGGGACUCGGUUCCUCCAGUGGUUGCUAUCAUUGCACGUGUUGUAAGAGUUGACCGUAAGUUGUUGGGGUACCAGCUCACUGCUUACCUGGACAUGCCCACCUCAAGGGUGCAGAUCAUUGUGGUCUCCAUUGCAGUGAAGAACAACUGGAAAAUGUGUGCUGAUGGUGUCUUGUUGAGCAAGCACAAUGUUGGUGCAAGGAUUGCUUGGGGUGCAGAGUGCCAACAAUACGCAAUUACAAUCAAUGCAGUGACUGGCCACCAAGGUCCAAGUCCUAUGGCCUAUCUUAAAGUGAAGUGUGAGAAGGUGCCCACAAUUAUCACCAACUAUGCCAAGAGGUUUGGUUACUCUUCAUCGCAAUUGUUCCACUUCAUAAAUGCCAACAUAUUAACACAUUUUUCUUUUCCUUUCCUAUUCAAGGUGGCUGAAUAUAUUUCUAAUGCAGCUCAAAUGACUGGAUUGGCUAUUAGCAAUGAAAAAAACAUUGAGAGGCAGAUUGAACUGAUCAUACUUGUCCCAACUGAAAGAACCCUGGACAUCAUUAUUAAGACCCCAACAAUGACCUUGUCAGUGUUGAACUUGGUUCUUCCAAUCGCUUUGCCAUUUGAGGCUAUCCAGGCCUAUCCAGAAAGUGAUGUCACAAACAUAAUUCAAAACCUUUAUAUAGAGACUAGUUCAGCUAAAUGCAGUAAGGUCAGAAACACCUUGACUACAUUCAACCAUAAGAAGCACAACUAUGAAAUUCCCCUUUCCUGUUACCAAGUCUUAGUUCAAGACUGCACUUCAGAGCACAAAUUCAUAGUCCUGAUAAAAAAGGAUGAUGUCUUUGAGCAUGAAGACCUAAACAUUAAGGUGGCAGACAUCGAUGUUGACAUAUACCAUCAGAAGAGUGCAGUGAAGGUUAAAAUGAAUGGAAUUGAAAUACCAACCAACAAUAUCUCAUACCAGCACCCAACAGGUACCAUACGAAUUGAGCAGAAAGGUCAAGGUAUCGCUCUCUAUGCCCCAGGCCAUGGUCUUCAAGAGGUCUAUUAUACCAGUGACCAGUGGAUGGUUUAUGUUGUGGACUGGAUGAAGGGACAGACUUGUGGACUCUGUGGAAAGGCUGAUGGAGAAAUCAGACAGGAGUACACCACACCCAGUGGAGACCUGACCAAGAGUUCAGUCAGCUUUGCCCACUCGUGGGUGCUUCCUGUUGAGAGCUGCCGUGAUGCAAGCCAAUGCCACAUGAAACUUGAAUCCGAGAAGUUGGAGAAGCAGGUGAUUUUGAAUGGACAGGAAUCUAAAUGCUACUCCGUUGAGCCUGUGCUGCGCUGUCUGCCAGGCUGUGUACCAAUUAGAACCACUCCUGUCACUAUUGGAUACCACUGUAUGUCCACUGACACCAACCUCAACAUGUUUGAUGGAAUCUAUGAGAAGAGUGUAGACUUGAGAGAGACUACAGAUGCUCAUGUGGCCUGUCGCUGCACUGAACAGUGUGCUUAAAUAUACUUCUUGUCUCAGUAGCACUUAAUACAACAUUUUUUUGCAGCUGUAAAUUAACGCCUUCAUUUCAAUAAAUCUGAACAAGCAU